UGGAUCCUACUACUUUAAAAGUGCAAUGUUAAAAAAGAAAGAGGGAGUGAGAACAAGCAAGGAGAGGGGGAGCACAGAAAAAAGAGAAAAAUCAGAUUGCGACAGUCGAUAUUAAAACAUGCAGUGUGUGAGAGAGAGAGGGGGAGAAACAGAGAGGAAACCAAGAUCCAGGCCUUUCCAAAGGGACGACUAGAAAGAAAAGACACUUUACGGCAGUUAUCUUUCUCUCCCUCCUUCUGUCUCCCUCUCUCUGUCUCUGUCUCUCUCUGUCUCUCUCUCUCUCUCGCUCAUCAGCCCCGCGUCAAUUGAUUUGUGUAUGAACAGCUGGGCGCUUUUUCGCCCCCCUCUCUGCCUGUGUGUUCUGAAUGAUCAGCUGAUGAAGAGACUGAGUGCACACUGCAAUGCUGGGUUGCUAAUUCUCUCGCCUGCAGACAAGCGGCAGCCUGGAGACCACAGCCAGUCUCAGGCUGUUCUAAAAGGAGCGUCUGAGGAUAUGGAGGAAGAAAGCAGUUUGAAGAAACGAAAAAGUGACCAACAGGGCAUCCAGGCCUCUGAGACUGGGCAGGAGAUUGUUGAGAAAGUCAAGAAACGACGUGGUCGACCACCAGCUGAGAAACUUCCACCAAAUCCCCCAAAACUUACCAAGCAAAUGAACACUCUUGUUGACAUGGUCAUCAACUACAAAGACACGUUGGGUCGCCAGAUCAGCAAAGGUUUUGUUCAGCUGCCAUCUAGGAAAGAGGUACCAGAAUACUACGAGCUUAUUCGCAAGCCUGUGGACUUUCGGAGGAUCAGGGAACGAGUACGUAACCACAAAUACAGGUGCAUUGCAGACUUGGAGAAAGAUAUUAUACAGAUGUGUCACAAUGCUCAGACUUACAACCUGGAGGGAUCUCAGAUCUUUGAGGAUUCCAUUGUGCUGAAGUCAGUCUUUGAAAGUGCAAGACAACGGAUAGUAGAAAUCAAUCAAGAGGACACCGAUGCUGUUGGAGGCAGCGAGGCAGUGUGUGCCAAGCAUUUAAACCUGGAUAUAAAAUCAGAACCAACAAAAGCCAAAUUUGACAAUAGUAGGGAGAGAAGCACUACUAUUUCUGCUAAUUCCAGUUCUAAAAUAAAGGGUAUCUACAGUGAUGAGGACAGCACAGAAGACCAGGAGGACAACACAGGCUUGGAGGAUGGCUGAACUACAUCUUCUGGAAAUGAGCUUCAUGGCUUUCUGUCAUCUUGAUAACAUUGAAAAAUGAUAAGCUCAUCAAAUCACUUGCAUUUAUGUGAGUUGAUUCAGUGAUCUAAUUGUUCCCAAAUUUGUUCCAUCAUGUGCACAUUAAUAUACUUGCAUUAUCUUGUAAUUAAACAUAUAAACCAUCCUACUUCAUUAAAGCCAUAAACUAAAUAGAUUUAUACAUAUAAUCAAGGAUGUUAAAUAAAUAAAGAAACAAAUAAUAUUUCUGCCCUUUAAGCACUUUUUAAUGCACGGUAGCCUCAAUAUACUGUAGUAUCAAUAUAGUCAAAGGUGUAAAAGAUGAACUCCAAUAUUGGCCGGUCUAGGAAAAAAUAUAACUCAUAUAACCAUACUACAUCAAUUAAUUGUUGAAAUAUUCAUAAAGCACCCCUAUGUUGACAAUACACCAAAAACAAAAGGGACAAACACAAGGUUAUAUAGGGUUACAACAUUAUAUAAUGCCAUGACAACUGACUUCAGAGCUCAGUGCAAUUUUUGUAUGUCAUAGUCAUAUAAUAGUAAUGACUAUAGUUUGCUUUAACAAAAUUCAAAGAAAUUCUGUUUUGUAUCUCGUGAACUCAUUUGCAUUUGCUGAUAACCACCACAGAAAAAAAGCUAUAUGACACAUCCAUCAUGUUAUUACCAGUGACAGUUGUAAAGUGUGUGUCUCAUUUCUGUUUCAUAUGUCUGAUGUAAAUGACAAUUUUUAUUGUGUCACAUCACCACUAUAUGGUUCUGACACAACAAAAGUAAAUACAAAGUCGGAUUUUUCAGGCAAGAAAAUGUCUCAUGUUAACAACAUUUGUUAACAUUCAAUAUAACUUGAAUGUUAAAUUGUGAAUUAGUCUAUCAAAGUAGAUUAAAAGCACUUUUUUUUUAAAUGUCUUUAUAAAUGUUUAUGAAGCUUUAUUUCAGAUGCCAUGAUGGGAUCAUGUAUGUAUCAUGUAACAAUCAUGUAUCAUGUAACCCUGUAAAAUAUAUAUUUUUUAACAGUCAGGGACACAACCUUUUUAAAUUUAAUCUCUGGUCAUUUUUCAUAUAUGAAAAAUAUGAAAAAAAAAAAAAAAUUUCAUUUUUCAUAUGGGAAAAGUUUAAUUAGUUGCUUACAUUCAAUUGGAAAUUUGGAUAGAAAUAUUGUCACUUCUACUUUAGCUUGUGAACAUCUUUGGGAACAACACUGAAAACUGAACUCAUAUUUAAUCAAUCAAUGUCUUAACUAUAUGAUUAAUGAGCCCUGUGGUGUUUUUGGAGCAUGGUGCAUUUUGCUGGAAGGACAUUGCCCUCAAGAGAGGGAUCUCAUGAUAACACUGUCAAGAUAUGUGUGUAGUUUUGAAGGUUGAGAGAGAAAAUGUCUUUAUAGGUAGAUUUUGAAAUAAAGUUUUUAAGGUUUUUAUGACUUGAAAGUGCAAAGAGGUUUGAUUUGAAUCAUCGUAAUUGAUAAUAAACAUUUUUAUAAAUAGUCCUACA